UUGAAUGUUAACAAAGACGAUCCACUGUUACAAGUCUACAGUUCAACGCAAGAGAAACUAGAUGCUGUUACUGCAGAACUGCAGAAAGAGAAAAAUAGGUCGAAAGCGCUUGAAUCCGAGGUCGAAGAUUUGCAAGGCGAAUUCGAACUAGAUCGACUAGAUUACCUAGAGACUAUCCGCAAACAAGACCAGCAACUAAAACUUCUAUCUCAAAUACUGGAAAAAGUUCAACCUGACUCGAAUUAUUACAACAUUGAACGGGUAAAGAAAGAUGCCAUUUGGAAUGAAGACGAGUGCAGAUGGGUGUUGCCAGAAAUGAGCGUUUCGAGGACUGUACUGCCGAAUGCACAUAACGGCAUCUCUACAAAUAAUAGGAAUGAGCCACUUUUGCGUGAUAUGUACGACGAAGACAGUUCCAAACUCAGAUUAGUAGGUUUCCGUGUACUAUGUUGUAUUUAA